AUGCAACAAGAAUGGAACCAUCACCUUUUUGAAGGGUGUGUUUUUCUCCAACCACCUACUGAAUUACAAGAAAAGUCUAAUCCUAUUCAGCCAAAAUUUUCAUUUCCUUCUUCUUUCAAAGCACCUCCAAAUAUUCAUCUAUUUCUUUAUCCAGAAUUACCAGAAACUAAUUUUCUUCCUAGUUAUUUUAUUGUAACUUUUACAACACCAUCAGGUACACAAUAUGGACAUACAUUACGAACAGAAAAUGGGAGUAUUUGUUUGAUAAGUUUUUAUUGUUGGGAAAUUUUUUUUAGAAGAAUUGUUAUUCGUUCCCAGACAUAUUGGAAAAAUAACUUUGAAGGUCUUGAAAAAUAUCUUAAUGAUAUUUUAGAAUCUCCAGAACGUCCUCUCUCUAUUGAAAAAACUUUAGAUAUGGAUGUUCCUAUUGUCGUUGAAAAACUUCUUCUUUCUCAAGUUAUGUUAUUAUUUAAUUCUAUAAUAUGUGAAAGAAGAAUUAUUGUUGUUGGUAGUAACUAUGAAACGGUUACUUGUUUCAUUUUAUCAGCACUAGAACUUAUUGAACCAUUGUCUUGGCCUCACCCCAUAGUUACGCUCUUACCACGUUGUUAUAGUGAAUUAGUUGACCUUCCAACUCCAUUUAUUUGUGGUAUAUCAACAUACCAAUUUUCAUUAAUGCAACCAUUAACAAAUAAAGUAGUUGUUGUCGAUUUAGACAAUGGAACAACUCGUUCAAAUGAUCCUCUUAUGAUACAACAAGAUAAAAAUUUAUUCCCAGAAUUCGCGACACAGUAUUUAAGAGAAAGUUUAAAGACUGUUUUGAUGGAAGUACCAAAACAAAUACCAAUCAUGCUUAAACAAACAUUUAAUCAAUAUAUUCUUAAACUACUUCAAGCACCAGAAACAUUUAUUUCAUUAAAACAUAAACGAGGAACAUUAGUUGCUGAAAUGGAUAUUAAAAAAUAUAAGAAGACAUAUAAUUACAAAGCAGGAAGUAGAAAAUUUAUUGAUUUUUUUUCUACAACUGGUGCAUUUGAUCAAUACUUACAAAAGAUAGAAAAUGAAAUGUUAAAAGGAGGUGGGCAAAUAGUUGACCCACCUGAACCUAAUUUUUGGGACUCAUUAUUCCAAUUCAAUUUUCCAACUGAUGAUCUCACUAAGCAAAGAGGAAAACAAUAUAAAAUGCAAUAA